CCAAUGACAUCCUGGUGAAACGAUGGCAGGGUCGGUGGAGCUAUAAAUACGGCGCCGCUUCGCACACGAUUCAGUCGUUGCUAAGCGUCCAAGUCGACACCCCUCCCACCAUGUCGGCCCGAAAGUCCUCCACGUCUGCCAAGCCCGCGACAACGUCGGCGACGGCCGCCACCGCCGCGAUUUCCCGCGUCAAGCUGCAAGAAGCCACCGCAUCCAACGUUUCGUCGCCCAAAGGCAUUGCGACGAAAAAGACCAACGACGGUGAAAUUCAAAUGGCGCGGCGCCGACUGAGCGUUGUGAGCGACAAUAAGCUCGUGGAAGGGCUGGCAGCGGUGUCGACGUCUGCCGACGCAGACGGCGUUCAGGACGGGACGAGUACGAUCGGGUGCUACGCCGGCGUGAGCAAGAAAGGGUAUGCUCCGUACAACCCGCGCAAGAAGAACCAAGACAGCAUGAUCAUGCAAAUGCACGCGCCGUCCAAAUCGCUGCUCUUGGGGGUAUUCGAUGGCCACGGGGAGGCCGGCGACGGCGUGUCGCAGUACUUUCGCGCGCACUUUCCGACCGAACUGUUCAACCAUGCGCAGUUUGCGCCGACAGGGGACGUGGCCAAAGACACGGCGGGCAUUCAGGCGGCGAUCUCGUUUGCCCUGAACGCCGUCGAGAAGCGAGUGAUCCGCGAUGCCAGCAUCGACACAGAGUUUAGCGGAAGCACGGGCGUCGUCGUCGUCAUUCGCGACCGCCUCCUCAUUGUCGGCAAUGUCGGCGACUCGCGCAUCACACGAGGCUUCAUGCAAGCCGGAAUCCUGACGGCGACUAGCAUUUCUCAAGAUCACAAACCCGACCUCCCCACCGAGAAGGCGCGCAUCUUGGCCGCCGGGGGACGUGUGUUUGCUGUCGAGUACGACGAUGGGAUCGACGGUCCGCCGCGCGUGUGGCUCGGCCACAUGGACGUCCCUGGGCUCGCGAUGAGUCGCAGCCUCGGCGACGCCGUCGCGCACACUGCAGGGGUGAGCUCGGAGCCAGAAUUCUUUGUCCGUACGCUCGACACGACAGACCGGUGCCUCGUCAUUGCGACGGACGGGCUGUGGGAGUUCAUGAGCGACGACGAAGUGAUCAAGAUGAUUGCGCCCCACACCGACCCCAAACAAGCGGUCGAUGUGCUCAUCCUCGAGGCGAACCGACGCUGGAUGAAAGAAGAGCAAGUGAUCGACGACACCACCGUCAUUGUGGCGUUUGUCGACAUCAAAUAACAGAGCAAGGUCGCGGUCGAUGGGCCCACCGUGAUGGCGAAAAUAUAUUCGUGCUGCUGCACACUCUUCCGGGA